UCCUUUUUGUCGCCGUCGUGUGUCGGUUGGUCCGGGUGUCUGCGUUCGUGUUCGUUCGUUCAUCCCCAUCGAUCACCUGUGACGCCAGAGAGCGUGAUAAUCAGCGUUAGCGUAUCAGUUAUUUUUACGCUCGGAACAAAAGCCACCCCGCAAGCUACGUGCGGGUGUCGGUGUAUCUGAACAGAUUUGCGACACGUUCCGCACCGUACGGUUCAUACCUAGGUCACCGUCGAAGCGUCCAGUUGGGUUUUCACGGCGUCAACGUGAAGCGACAAGUGUGAGCACACCGCACCGAUUAAAGUAACCACUGCGCGCGCUGAGUGGAGAGAAAAUUGAUUUUCCAAUUACUUCCUGCACAAGCUUUAACCACAAGGUGCAUCUUGUGAGUGCAACACACAGUACAGACUCCGUUUAGCAAGCAAGAACCAGUCGGCCGAACGGAGAGGCGAGUGUGAAAAUGUCCGGGAAGAGCAUAAUGAACAAGUUUGUCAUACGGAACAUUGUGCAACUGGCAGUGCACUGUACGUACGUGUGCGUGUUCUACUUGAUGCUGCUGUCGCUGCUGGACACCGCCGGUAUAGGCGCGGACAAGAUGCCCCAGGAAGAUAUUUCGGUCGUAACCGAGGUGGACGAUGAGCUGGCCCCGAACGGGAGUAGCGGGGUGCCGACCGAAGAUAAGGGCCUCCUGUCGUCCGAUAUCGGUUUCGUGCACGCGUUCGCCGCGUCCUUUAUGGUCAUUAUCGUAUCGGAGCUUGGCGAUAAGACGUUCUUCAUUGCGGCCAUCAUGGCGAUGCGUCACCCGCGGCUAACGGUUUUCGCCGGGGCCAUCGCUGCCCUCGCCCUGAUGACCGUCCUCUCGGUCGUGUUCGGCAUGGCGGCCACGAUCAUACCGCGUGUCUACACGUUCUACAUCUCGACCGCCCUGUUCGCCCUGUUCGGCCUGAAGAUGCUCAAGGACGGCUACUACAUGUCGGCGACCGAUGCGGCCGAAGAACUGGAAGAGGUGCAGUCCGAUUUGCGCAAACGCGACGACGAGUUGGCGCGAUCGAUGAGCGGCAGUCGCAAGGAGACAGUCGAACUGGUGCCGCUCAGCGAAACCGAGGACGACAGCAAGCAGCAGCGGAUGAUGCUGCCCCGCAACGGGGCCACCCACCGGGCGAACGGCUCGGUGCACUCGCUGGCCGAACCGGGCACCAUAGAAGGAGGAGGCCCUUCGCCGACCGCAGUAUUAUCGACGUCUUCUUCGUUGCGCCUGUCCGCGUCCGCCUCUCAGCUGCACCCCGGUGGCCAUCAUCACCAUCACCACAGCCCGGCCUCAGCAGCGGCGGCCACUGGCGGUCCACAGGUGGACGGACUGCAAUCUAGUCAGCAAAAGUUUAGUGUACGAAAAACCAAAGGAAUCUCAACGAUGGCCGGUGACGGGGCCAUAAAAUCUACCGACAAUCUUGGCGGCGCCGGAGAGACGUCGGUAAGCAGCGACAGUGUGCGGGACACACUGGCCCAACCGCCGGCAACCGUGACCCUGCUGGAAAACGGUGGAGGUGAAAGCGAACAACGGCAACGCUUGCGGGGCGGCGGUGGCGGCGGCACGGCCAACGGAUCGAUCGCAUCCGGGGCCACCGAUCAGCAUCAUCCGUCGGGCGCCGUCGUCGGGGCGGGUUCCACGCUCGGUGGCAGCAAAAUGCUCGAAAGAGAGGUCAGUGCCAGCGGAAGCUUGAUGAAGGUGCAGGACGCCGAAACGGGAGCGACACGCCGCGGCACUCGUCCGCGCAAUCUGGCCCUCCGCAUGCUGUUCCGGAUCUUCGCGCAGGCCUUCACGAUGACCUUCCUGGCCGAGUGGGGUGACCGGUCGCAGCUGACGACCAUCAUUUUGAGUGCCCGCGAAAAUGUGUACGGCGUGAUUGCGGGCGGCAUCAUCGGGCACUCGAUCUGUACCGGACUGGCUGUGAUUGGGGGGCGCAUGAUCGCCCAACGAAUAUCUGUCCGCACUGUUACCCUCAUCGGUGGUGUCGUGUUCCUGCUUUUCGCCGUCAGUGCUCUGUUUUUCGGGCCGGGCGAGGAAGAACCGGCCAAAGUGCCAUUCGCCGGCUCACCUUAAGCGGGCGCGCAAAGGCUCCCCUCGCCAUCGGUCAGCUAUCCCGAGGAUACUUUACCGACCGACCGACUCCCAAGUGGAGAAUGGGUUGCGGGAAGGGGCCAAACGCGCAGGGGAUCUCGCCUGCUCGGUAUUGGCACUUGAUUAGUGGUCUGUUAGGAUCGUGUGUUUGUGUGAGUGCCGUAUGUAAGAUGUUUGUUUAUGAAACGGUAGCAGCAGGCUCGGUAUCGUGAUUCCCUCCAGUUGAAGAUCCUGUAUAGGUUAGGAAUAGGAACGAUAGGAGAGAGAAGAGAAAGAAAGGAAAAGGAAGAGGGAGAUAAAUCGUAAACCACGGUAAUAUUGGCGUAGGAGUAGUAAAGUAUUUUUUUAAUGUUUAUCAAAACUAACGCGAUUGGCCGGAACUUUGGAACCGGCAAGUACUAUACCCCGAAGACGGAAGGAGUAGUAGUCCCAAAAAUACUGUACGUACCCAUUUAUAGAAGCUACAUAAAUGAGGAGUUUGUGUAUUUGUUAGAAGUAUUUGUCUGAUGUAAACUUCAAGACGACGCCGGAAGGCAAAAGAAGCGAUUCACGCGAACAGCUCUUGCCCCAGUUAAAAGUUGCGUCGGGAAACAUUUGUAAAAUAAACGAAACAGCUCCCUAACUGUGUACACGCUUAGUGCAUGAUAAAUCAUGAACGUGGAAGAUUGAUGACAAUGUUAGCAAUCAUGUAUCCGUAGAAAUAAACGUGUAAAUGGAUUGAUAGCGCGCUCGAUGUUUUAAGGUGGGUUGAAAGUAGGAUAAAGACAUUGCGACACUGACGAAUAGACAGAAUAUAAACAACAGAAACACAGGUUUUACGUUCGACACAUGGACAGUAAAGGAUCGUUAUAACCCGGAACAGUGACACGCGAAGUAAUUCUGAGCUCCUACGCCAGGUCAGGCCGAUGACUUAAGUAACGAGCAGGCAAUCGUCUCCUGUGCUCAGGUGUCCUCAAGGCGAGUAACAGACAACACGUGUUUUAGUUAGGCACAUUACCGGCAUCAUACCAACCCCGGGACGAGAACAGCUACCCUACCUUAAACCUGCUUCACUGGUUAUGCAGAUGCCACGUAACUCAAGCGAACUCAAGGAUCGGGCCGACAAGAGAACUGUUUAC